GCGUUUCAAGAUGGCUGUCGUUUUUGUAGAGAUUUCCUUCUGCUCAAAAGCUACAAAGAUGCAUGACCGCGACAGCGUUACUUCGUGCUGCGGCACCGCCGCCGGAAGUGUAUGUCAAACGGGUUAAAAGCCAGUUGACGAAGGCUAGCUAACCGUAGCUGUCAGCCGGGUCCAGUCAUUGUGUAGGGAUGGAGGUUACACGGAAAAAUUAUAAAGACUGCUUAAACACUGUGUACAGCGCGAUAGAAGAGGCUGACUUCCUUGCCAUCGAUGGGGAAUUUUCAGGGAUAAGCGACGGUCCUAAUGUCAGUGCACUAACCAAUGGACUGGACACACCGGAAGAGCGAUACACGAAGCUUAAAAAGCAUUCCAUGGACUUCCUCUUGUUCCAGUUUGGUUUGUGUACCUUCAAGUACGACCAGGCAAAGUCAAAGUACAUCACAAAGCCCUUUAACUUUUAUAUAUUCCCUAAACCGUUCAACAGGACAUCUCCUGACAUAAAGUUCAUCUGUCAAAGUUCCAGUAUCGACUUCCUGGCCAGUCAGGGAUUUGACUUCAACAAGGUGUUCUGUCACGGAAUCCCCUACCUAAAUCAGGAAGAGGAAGCCCAGUUGAGAGAGCAGACAGAGGAGAGGAGGAAUCAGCAUGCCAAUGGUGUAGGGACACCAUCCUUUAUCUCCCCAUCAUCCUCCAAAGGCUCUUCACAUGUACCUGAGGAACAUAAAGAUUUCAUCAACAAAGUUGUCGAGAAGGUUGAGGCCCUCAUGGUUAACUCUGAGAAGACUUUGGACCUGGAACCAUGCACUGGAUUUCAGCGAAAGCUGAUAUACCAGACGCUGAACUGGAAGUUUCCAAAGGGCCUGCACGUGGAAACUGUGGAAACAGAAAAGAAGGAGCGAUACAUACAAAUCAGUAAAGUUGACGAGGAGGAGAGGAAGCGGAGGGAGCAGCAGAAACUAGAGAAAGAGCAGGAGGAGCUAAAUGACGCUGUUGGUUUCUCCAGAGUCAUCCAUGCCAUCUCAAAGUCUGGUAAACUGGUUGUCGGCCACAACAUGCUCUUGGAUGUGAUGCACACCAUCCAUCAGUUUUACUGCCCUCUGCCUGAGGAUAUUCAAGACUUUAAAGAAGUUACAAUGUGCGUCUUCCCAAGACUUCUAGACACCAAAUUGAUGGCUUCCACUCAGCCAUUUAAGGAGUUGAUCACAAAUACUUCUCUGGCAGAGUUGGAGAAGCAGCUGAAGGAGAGCCCCUUCAAGUCACCACAAGUUGAAACAGCAGAGGGCUUCCCCAGCUAUGACACAGCCCAGGAGCAGCUCCAUGAGGCGGGUUAUGAUGCCUACAUCACUGGCCUUUGUUUCAUCGCCAUGGCCAAUUAUCUGGGUUCUUUCUUGACUCCGCCCAAAGCAUACAUCUCAGCUCGUUCCAAAUUAAUUGAGCCUUUCUUCAAUAAGCUUUUUCUGAUGAGGAUUAUAGAUAUACCCUACCUCAACAUCACAGGACCGGAUUUGCAACCCAAGAGAGACCAUGUCCUGUACGUCACCUUCCCAAAAGAAUGGAAGACUAGUGACCUCUACCAGCUCUUUAGUGCCUUCGGGAACAUCCAGGUUUCAUGGAUAGAUGACACAUCUGCCUUUGUGUCCCUAAGUCAGACGGACCAGGUACAGAUAGCUAUGAACACCAGCCGCUAUGCAGAGAGCUACAAGAUCCAGACAUAUGCAGAGUACAUCCAGGGAAAGCAGCAGGAAAAGGAGAAGCAGACAACCAAAACAUGGGGAGAAGACAGUUGGGUGAAGCCUCACUACACCUGCUCCACCACUUCUGGGUUUGGAUAUUCCAGGAUGAGGAAGCGAAGCAUCAGUCCCAUGCAGGGAGAGCAGGGAGCUGAUGAUGCUCAAAUUACAGAUGGCUGGAGUCACUACUCUUACCCUGAUACCAAGAAGAUGAAAACUGAUGAUGCGGCAAAUACUAAAGCUGUCGAGAGUAAGACAUCCGAGGGAUGGCUGAAGACGACGGAUCUAUCAGAUUCACCUGGGCUAAGUCCAGCCCCUGAUGAUGAGAAAAGCCCAGAGGGUACAAAUCCAGGCAAUGACGCUGAUGGGACUGUCCCUUGGCAACAAACUCCAACAGUACACAAGAGGAAGGGUCAAAAGAACAAGAAAAAGAAAUCUGAAGGUGCUGAAUCUACACCAACGCUGUUCGAAGUCCCAGAAGUCUGGUAGCGAGAGGUGAAGCAUGUAGAGGCCGCUGUCUCAUACUGGACUCCUGCACAGUCUCUCUUCCUAAGCACUUGGGAUAUUCUCCUUCAAGGUCGUACAGUACUAUAUUCAUUUGUUCAUCCAACAGCUGUGGAUACCGUGUCCAUAGCUACCAGCCAAGCUACAUAACUGGACUACUGACAGAACACAAGCCAUAACAGCAGCUGCCAUAUUUUGAUCCUACAUCAGAGGAGCAGGCAACUCCUCUGGGUAAACACACACAGAUGUACCACCAGAUCUUUAAUAUCGAAAUUAUUGUUCAUUUAUUCUCUGAUGUGUUCAGACUGGUAUCUGCCACCACAUCCACGUUGUCACUUUGGAAACAUUUACACGUUUUAAUGACGGAUACCUGUAGUCAGUCUUAUUUUUGUGUGUGUGAGUUGUGAGUGUGAGAGUUUAUGCAUGUGAGGGAGAUGUACAUUUUUCUCCCGUCUUUGUAUCCCUGUGAGUCAUAAAUUGUGAGAUUACCACUUGACAGGUCCUAUAGUUUACAAAGUCAGGGUUAUUUAGUAUUUUAAUGCAGUCCAAUAUUUUUUCCAUUUUUAAAAAAGUAAU